ACUCCUCCAACGGAAAGGUCGCGGCCUGUGUCCCUGCGGGCAGCCGUGCCGAGAAUGAACCCCAGCACCCCCAGCUACCCAACGGCCUCGCUCUACGUGGGGGACCUCCACCCCGACGUGACUGAGGCGAUGCUCUACGAGAAGUUCAGCCGGGCGGGGCCCAUCCUCUCCAUCCGGGUUUGCAGGGACGUGAUCACCCCCCACUCCUCCAACUACGCCUAUGUGAACUUCCAGCACCCGAAGGACGCGGAGCAUGCUCUGGACACCAUGAAUUUUGAUGUUAUAAAGGGCAAGCCAUUACGCAUCAUGUGGUCUCAGCGUGAUCCAUCACUUCGCAAAAGUGGAGUGGGCAACAUAUUCGUUAAAAAUCUGGAUAAAUCCAUUAAUAAUAAAGCGCUGUAUGAUACAGUUUCUGCUUUUGGUAACGUCCUUUCAUGUAAGGUGGUUUGUGAUGAAAAUGGUUCCAAGGGUUAUGGAUUUGUACACUUUGAGACACGUGAAGCAGCUGAAAGAGCUAUUGAAAAAAUGAAUGGAAUUCCCCUAAAUGAUCGCAAAGUAUUUGUUGGACGAUUUAAGUCUCGUAAAGAACGAGAAGCUGAACUUGGAGCUAGGGCAAAAGAGUUCCCCAAUGUUUACAUCAAGAAUUUUGGAGAAGACAUGGACGAUGAGCGCCUUAAGGAUCUGUUUGGCAAGUUCGGGCCCACCUUAAGUGUGAAAGUGAUGACUGAUCAAAGUGGAAAAUCCAAAGGAUUUGGAUUUGUAAGCUUUGAAAAGCAUGAAGAUGCACAGAAAGCUGUAGAUGAGAUGAAUGGAAAGGAGCUCAAUGGAAAACAAAUUUACGUUGGUCGAGCUCAGAAAAAAGUGGAACGGCAGACGGAACUUAAGUGCAAAUUUGAACAGAUGAAGCAAGAUAGGAUCACCAGAUACCAGGUUGUUAAUCUUUAUGUGAAAAAUCUUGAUGAUGCUAUUGAUGAUGAACGUCUCCGGAAAGCGUUUUCUCCAUUUGGUACAAUCACUAGUGCAAAGGUUAUGAUGGAAGGUGGUCGCAGCAAAGGAUUUGGUUUCGUAUGUUUCUCCUCCCCAGAAGAAGCCACUAAAGCAGUUACAGAAAUGAACGGUAGAAUUGUGGCCACAAAGCCAUUGUAUGUAGCUUUAGCUCAGCGCAAAGAAGAGCGCCAGGCUUACCUCACUAACGAGUAUAUGCAGAGAAAGGCAAGUGUACCAGCUGUGCCCAACCCUGUAAUCAACCCCUACCAGCCAGCACCUCCUUCAGGUUACUUCAUGGCAGCUGUCCCACAGACUCAGAACCAUGCUGCCUACUAUCCUCCUAGCCAAACUGCUCAACUAAGACCAAGUCCUUGCUGGACUGCUCAGGGUGCCAGACCUCAUCCAUUCCAAAAUAAGCCCGGUGCUAUCCGCCCAGCUGCUCCUAGAGUACCAUUUAAUACUAUGAGACCAGCUUCUUCACAGGUUCCACGAGUCAUGUCACCGCAGCGUGUUGCUAACAAAUCAACAAAGACAGUGGGUCCACGUCCUGCAGCUGCUGCUGCUGCAGCUACCCCUGCUGUGCACACGGUCCCACGGUAUAAAUAUGCUGCGGGAGUUCGCAAUCCUCAGCAACAUCUUAAUGCACAGCCACAAGUUAAAAUGCAACAGCCUGCUGUUCAUGUACAAGGUCAGGAAACUUUGACUGCCGCCAUGUUGGCAUCUGCCCCUCCUAAAGAGCAAAAGCAAAUGUUGGGUGAACGGCUCUUUCCUCUUAUACAAGCCAUGCACCCUACUCUUGCUGGUAAAAUCACUGGCAUGUUGUUGGAGACGGAUAAUUCAGAACUUCUUCAUAUGCUCGAGUCUCCAGAGUCACUCUGUUCUAAGGUUGAUGAAGCUGUAGUCGUACUACAGGCCCACCAAGCUAAAGAGGCUGCCCAGAAAGCAGUUAACAGUGCCACCGGUGUUCCAACUGUUUACAAUUGAUCAGAGACCACUAAAAGAAAUUUGUGCUUCACCGAAGAAAAACAUGUAAACAUCGAGAAACUUAAAUACUAUGGGAAAAAAAUUGCAAAAUCUAAAAUAAAUAAAAAAUGGAAAGGAAACUUUGAACCUUAUGUACCGAGCAAAUGCCAGGUCUAGCAAAUAUAAUGCUAGUCCUAGAUUACUUAUUGAUUUAAAAACAAAAAAAAAAUUAC